AUGUCUGUUAUAUACCUCGGUAAUGACUCACAAGAGUGCGACGUUUUUAAUGUUAAGCCCCGAAAAAUAUAUUUGCACAUUGAAUCAUUACAGAAGGAAACCCAAGAGAAAUCAUUUACUGUGACUAACAAAAGCUCCCAACAACAAAAGGUUACUAUCGAUAAUCCUCUGACUGGAUUUUUCAAAAUUCCGAAGUUUAGUUGCAAAGAACUAAACGUUUUACCAGAAAAAUCCCUGGAAGUCCGGGUAAAAUGUCGUGGAAAAUUAGAAGCUAGGCCAUAUUAUGAUACGAUUAAAGUAAUCUGCUCAAAAGGUUGUGGAACUUAUGUAAGAUUGUCUGCAAGCCCUACAAUAAGAGACAAGAUGAAGAUACCAUUUGACGUAAACUUUGGCACGGUGCCUUUAGGAGAGAGGAUGUACUAUAACUUCAAAAUUCCAGUUAUGAAGAGAAGCACUCCGUUUCUGUUCCUCAGCUCCAUCUACAACCCGGAUUUGACGAUAACCCCUAUGAAAGGCACAGUAUGCAAGGAACCGAAAACCGUGGUGUUAUCCUAUUUACCGAGAGGGUACGUGACGUUAUCACAUCCAAUCCAUCUUUACUUACCGACGGUGUCUGUUCUACCAUUGUUGAUAAACGUAACGGCUGAUACCAAACCAGGAAAAGUGAGCGAAAUGAUAUUGAAUGUGGAUGAAACGAAAAAAUCAAAAUUUAAGAUGAAGCUACCUUUCGUUAGAAUAUCUCAAAAUGAUGAACAAAUGACAAAACCUUCAAAAAAGAAUGAUUGGUCUCAACAUAAAACUAAUCUUUUUUUGCUUAAGAAGGAUGCAAUAAAAAAGCCCGAGUUCGACCUUUUGGGUCCACUAGGUAGACCACUAAAUGAAGAAGAAGAAAUUAAAAAAAUGAAGCAGUUAAAUUUUUUCAAAGAUCUCAUAUCAUACAGAAAGUCCUGUUUGGAACCUUUGGGGCAUAAUAGGACAGUACUAAAAUAUCUAGUAGUUGAUGAUCAGAACGAUUGGGGUUUACAUUGGAAAGUCUAUGAUCAGAUUUUACUUGAGACGGAAACAUGUGAAGAUGACAGUAAGGGACCGUUGUUUUGGAGGCAACGGUUAAGGAAGAGUCCAGUGCUGGAAGAAGAUUACUCUUACACGGUUGAGUUACCAAACCUUUGGUUUAUCCGUCGCCAAAUUCUGAACAAGUUUAUUGAAGCUGUUAGAAGAAUUGUGAUAUAUAAUCGUCUUGUUGAUCGCUUGCAAUCACUAAAGAAUGUCAAAGACAGAAUCCUCGUAGAAGCACAAGACAGCUGAGUACUACUUGAACAAAUGCCAGAAAGGCACCAGUGCAAUAUUGCUUGCUUUUAAGAACAAAAAGAAAAACUCGGAUGUAUGUUCGACAACACAUAGACCUUGCUGAACUGUAGAAUCUCCUGAGCAGAAACUGAACUUAUAUGAAAGGAUUUUUUGGGAUUCAAUAAAAAUAACUUAUAACUCAUUCUUUGUCGUUUUUAU